AGAAUAUUGUUGCAUGGAGAUCGUGGAGGUUUGAAAAUUUAGUGCUGAUUCUGUUUCUCCGGCAAAAUCGCAGAGCAUUAAAUGAUAAGAAUUUUGAUUUUGGUUUGAUUUUGUUUUGAGAGUUAUUACGUACAUUUUAGUGUGGAAAUGACGACGGAAGGGAUUUUCUCAUUUUCUAUGGCUUCUGUUGUGGAGGAUGUUCUACAACAGAAUGGGACUCGGUUGAGCGACAUUGAUUUAGCGUCAAGGAAAGCAGAGGAAGCAGCACUUAGAAGGUAUGAUGCUGCGGGGUGGCUGCGAAAGACGGUCGGAUUGGUUGGAACUAAAGAUUUGCCGGCUGAGCCAUCUGAGGAUGAAUUUAGGCUUGGGUUACGAAGUGGAAUCAUCCUCUGCAAUGUUCUCAAUAAGAUUCAACCUGGUGCAGUGCCAAAGGUUGUGGAAAGUCUAUCGGAUACUGCUAAUGUCCCUGAUGGAGCUGCUUUAUCAGCAUAUCAGUACUUUGAAAAUUUGAGGAAUUUCCUCAUAGUUGUGCAGGAGAUGGGGCUUCCUACCUUUGAGGUAUCCGAUCUGGAACAGGGAGGGAAAUCUUCACGGAUUGUAAACUGCGUUCUGGCACUUAAAUCCUUAAGUGACUCCAAACAGUUUGGUGGAAACCGAGCGAGGAAAUUUGGAGGAAGUUUGAAAUCCGCCAGCUCAGGGAAAUAUGUUGUAAGGAAAAAUUCUGAACUUUUCACAAAUUCGUUGUCAAAGAACCAAUCAAUGAGUGAGAAAUCCCUGGACGGUUUAUCCCCUGAUCCAAGCACAAAUGGUGAUCUUGCUUAUGCUCUUACUGAAAUGGCAACCACUCAAUCAGUGAAUAUGCUUGUACGUGCAGUUCUAUCAGACAAGAAUCCUGAAGAAGUUCCAGCGUUGGUGGAGUCAUUGCUAAGUAGGGUUAUGGAGGAGUUUGAACGUCGUCUUGCAUGUCAAAAUGAGCUGCAGAUGAAAACAGCUGUAAAGGAUUUGACUAAAACUGAUGGGGACAAAACCCUUUUAAAGACUGCUUCUUGUGAAGUGAAGGUGGAGACGGAUGAUGAGAAUGUGGCAAAGAUGAACAAAAACAAAUCCUUGUGUGAAAAGCCUAUCCAUGAUGAGGAGUCAAAAAAGCAGAUUAUGAAGCAGCAGAUGCUUGUUGACCGGCAACAAAGAGCUAUACUGGAGCUCAGACAUACUCUCUCUGCAACAAAAGCUGGGAUGCACUUUAUGCAGAUGAAGUGCCUUGAGGAGUACAACACUCUUGGUAGACACAUGCAUGUUCUAGCUCUUGCUUCCGCUGGUUACCAUAAAGUUCUUGAAGAAAACCGUAAACUAUAUAAUCAAGUGCAAGACCUUAAAGGAAGUAUCAGGGUCUACUGCCGAGUCAGACCCUUCUUGCCUGGGCAACCAAACCGUUUGAACACUGUGGAUCAUAUAGCAGAAGGAAAUAUUACAAUCAUCACCCCUUCAAAAUAUGGAAAAGAGGGACGUAGAUCAUUCACUUUCAAUAAAGUUUUUGGUCCUACUGCAUCUCAAGAGGAAGUCUUCUCAGAUACUCGACCCCUAAUUCGAUCAGUUCUUGAGGGUUACAAUGUUUGCAUAUUUGCAUAUGGUCAGACAGGAUCAGGAAAAACCUAUACUAUGACAGGGCCACAUGAGCUUACAGAAAAAAGCCGAGGUGUAAAUUACAGGGCGUUGAAUGAUUUGUUUCUUCUCUCAGAACAAAGAAAGGAUAGCUUUAGCUAUGAUGUUUCUGUUCAGAUGAUGGAGAUAUAUAAUGAACAAGUCAGAGAUCUCCUGGUUACUGAUGGUUUUAACAAAAGAUUAGAAAUUCGUAACAGCUCUCAAAAUGGACUAAAUGUGCCAGAUGCAAAUCUUGUACCUGUUACAUCAACAUCUGAUGUUCUUGAACUGAUGAACCUUGGACACAGGAAUCGUGCAGUGGGUUCAACAGCUCUCAAUGACCGUAGUAGUCGCUCUCAUAGUUGCGUGACGGUUCAUGUUCAAGGUAGAGACCUGACAUCAGGAGCUGUUCUCCGUGGGUCAAUGCACUUGGUUGACCUGGCUGGGAGUGAAAGGGUUGACAAAUCUGAAGUUAUAGGGGAUAGACUGAAGGAAGCAGUGCAUAUUAACAAAUCACUUUCUGCUCUAGGCGAUGUGAUAUCGUCCCUCGCCCAAAAGAAUUCACAUGUUCCUUACAGGAACAGUAAACUCACACAACUGCUUCAAGAUUCUCUAGGAGGACAAGCCAAGACAUUAAUGUUUGUUCAUAUUAGCCCUGAACCUGAUGCUGUUGGGGAGACAAUUAGUACGCUAAAGUUUGCUGAGCGUGUUUCUACUAUUGAGCUUGGUGCUGCCCGAGUAAACAAAGAUGGUGCAGAUGUCAAAGAGCUCAAAGAGCAGAUUGCUAGUCUUAAGGCAGCAUUAGCAAGGAAAGAGGAAGAACCCGAGAACCUCCAACAUUCCAUACCCAGCUCUCCUGAACAACACAUAUUUAAGCUUAGUGAAUCACCUGUAUUUAAGCCUAGUGGAUCACCUUUGCAUCAAAACAGACAGAUUAGAGGAGAUAUGUCAGGUGCUCACAGCAAAGGCCAGCAACCAAUGGAGGAUGUAGGAAACAAAGAGGUAAGGAAUAAUUCUGUGACAAGGCCAAAGAGCAAAAGCAGCCUUGAUCUACAAGAACUACUGAUGAAUUCACCUCCCUGGCCACCAGUUAGUGGGCCUGAACAAAAUUUCAGAAAGGAGGAUGAGAAGGAAACAGGGUCUGGAGAUUGGGUUGAUAAGGUCAUGGUGAACAAGCAAGAAGUUGUAUAUGGAGAUGAAAAACCACUGGAGCGUUGGGAUGGUGAAAAUGGUCAGUUGCCUGAGCAUUUCUAUCAGAGACUUUCCCUGGAUUCAAAGGUAUACCCAGAAAAACUAUACAACAGAGUCUCAGGUAACAAAAAAGAGAGCCCAGAUUAUGAUCUUCAGACAAACCGGUCUGAUAUAGCUUCCACUGCUGAUUCUGAUGAGCUCGAUGUUGCAAGUAGCGAUUUAUCUGAGCCAGACAUGCUUUGGCAAUUCAAUCAUCCUAAGAUGACCAGAAUACCAAAUGGAGUAGGGACAAAGAUCAAGAAACCUCAAUCCAAGGCAAAUAAAAGCCCUGAAAUAAGGAGUUCAAUUCCUACGUUAGGUUCUUCGCCAUCACGGAAAUUAUCAAAUGGAGUUGGGCCACCUGGACAUUGGAGUGGAAGGCAGCCAGCUUCUGCUGACAUGAAGCGCAGAGCUGGAAAAGGGAAGUAAUUAUCUACAAAGAGCAGAAAAGGGAAGGUGAUUUUUCAGGUUUCUGUAGAGAAGAUAGAGAGGUUUUCAGAUAUGUGAGGGGAUGCAAUAAUUCAAGUUGCUGUUUUUUAUUAGUGGUGAUCUCAAGGGGUGUGGUGUCCCUUUUCCGUUUCCAUUUGUUUUCUAUACGCAUUAUGUGUGAAUUCGUUCUUUCUGUAUUCUCCCUCACCAAACAAAUGGAAAGCAAAAGAUGGAAAGGAAAUGAAGAAAGUGAAUUCGUUCAUUCUUGCCGUGUUCUUCCUCA